GACAAAUAAAAAUUCAAAGAUGAAGAGAAAGAAAGUUGCUGAAAGAGAGGACGAAUCAGAAGAAGACUCCAGCAAAAUUAGUGGCAAAUUAAGCGCCCUUGGAGGUGGCAAAGUUAGAAACCCCAGUAGCUCAGAAGCAGAAGAAACUCCAAGUGAAGAAAGCAGCUCUGAAGAUGCCGAGCAGAUUGAUGCUUCCAAUUCUCAUCUUAACGAUAUAGUCCCUUCUAAAUAAGGACAUCAAGGAUGGUAAAAGACCAAGUGUUGCAUUCAUGGAUCUAAAGAAUUUAAGCGAGGUAGAAAGCGUAAUUGAGGAAAGAGGCAUUAUUCCUAUCAGCUUUGGCUCUGAAGAGAGUAUUUUGAAAAACAAAUUUAGAAGAAUGUCAAAUAAAGUUAGGACCACAAAAUAUAGUUGGGUAUCUUGGGCUCCUCUCUCUUUAUUAAUGCAGUUUAAACGAGCUGCGAAUAUUUAUUUCCUCAUUAUCUCUAUCCUAACACUGAUGCCUUUUUCACCAAAGACCCCGGCCUCAAUGAUUGGAACGUUUGCUUUUGUGCUCUUUGUAACAAUGUUGAAAGAAGCACUAGAAAAUUACUUCAGAUAUAAAGCUGAUAAAGAGGCUAAUGGAAGACUUUGCGAAACUUAUGACUAUGAACAAAAGGAAUUUGUAGAAACAAAAUGGAAAGAUAUCAGAGUAGGAGAUAUUAUAAGAAUUGAGAAAGAAGAUAAAUUCCCAGUUGAUAUGCUUCUCUUAGUGACUCCAAAUACUGAUGGUCUUGUUUUUGUAGAUACAAGUAAUCUUGAUGGAGAGACUAAUCUUAAAGACAAGGCUAUUAUUAUUCCUAAACUUACUGAUAAAUCUGCUGUAAAACUUCAAGGCAAGAUCUAUUGUGAUGCUCCAAAUCACUUGUUAGAAGAGUGGGAUGCCCAGCUUUCUUGCCCAAAAUAUAAGAAAAACUUUAUCUGUGAUGUUAAAAAUUUGUUGUUAAGAGAUACAGUACUUAAGAACACAGAUUAUUGUAUCGGAAUUGCCAUAAACCUUGGAAAGCAUACCAAAAUUAUGAUGAAUUCUAAGAAGCCAAAACAGAAGGUCUCCAAUAUCAUGAAGAAGAUGAACUAUUUGCUAUACUCUGUAUUUAUGUUCCAGUUGAUUAUUAUCUUGACCUUUGCAACAGCAUCUGUAGCAUUCCAAGAUUCAAAUGCAAAAGAUCUCGUGUAUCUUGACUUGAGCACUAGUGUAGGAUUUGGAACUUGGAUAGUCCAACUUCUCACCUACUGGGUAACUUUCUCCCACAUGAUCCCCAUCAGUCUUUAUGUCAUUAUUGAGUUGUUGAAACUAAUUCAAGCGUAUCUUAUUAACAGAGAUAUUGAACUAUACCACAAAGAGAACGAACAAUAUGGUAAAUGUAAUAACUCUGACCUCAUUGAGGAGCUUGGCCAGGUUCAAUAUAUCUUUUCAGAUAAAACAGGAACUCUCACCAUGAACAAAAUGGUCCUUAAGAAGUGCUCUGUCCUUGAAAAGAUUUAUGGAGAACUAGAAGGAGAAGAGAAAGAUAUAGAAGGCCUCUGAGAAUCAAGCAUAAAAGCUAUGAGGAAAACUUUGAGAAAAGGUCAUGAUGACCCCCUAACUUUCUCUCUUAGAGGAUUUUGUAUCAUCCUAGGAGUCUGUCACACAGUUGUAUGUGAUAGAGAUGAUGAAAAUAAGGGAGAAGUUCUAUAUCAAUCUUCAAGUCCUGAUGAACUAGCCCUUGUAACUGGAGCCAAAGAUAUAGGUUUUGAACUUGUGGCAAGAUCAUCUGAAGAAGUCAUUAUUUCAAAUAGAAUUACUGGAGAAGAAGAGUCUUUCCAAGUGUUGGCUGAGUUUCCAUUUGAUUCAGACAGAAAAAGAAUGUCAAUGAUACUAAAAGACAAAGGGAAAAUUUUUAUUUACUCGAAAGGAGCUGAUAGUGUUAUGCUCCCAAGAAUCAAAUUCAAUGCUGACUCUGCAGAGGAUAUGGAGCUUCAAAAAUGCACUGAAGAAAAUCUGCAUAAAUUUGCCACAGAUGGACUCAGAGUCCUUGUAUUAGGAUACAGAGAACUCAGUCAAGAAGCAUAUGAAGUCUUCAAAGACAAGUAUGAUAAAGCGAGAACGUCAAAACAAGCAAAUAGAGAAGAAGAGCUAUCAAAGUUACAUGAUGAAAUGGAAAGAGACUUAACUCUGAUUGGUUGUACAGCUAUUGAAGAUAAGCUCCAGGAUGGAGUUCCUCAGACAAUUGGACUUCUUAGAGAUGCAGGAAUUAGUAUCUGGAUGCUCACUGGUGACAAAAUGGAAACAGCUAUUGAAAUUGCUAAAUCAUGUAAUCUUUUUGAUGAAUCUAUGACUGAGCUCUUAUUCUCGUUUGAUAGUCUGGAGACUUUGAAUCAAACACUUGAUUCUGAGUUAAAAUACCUUGAGCUAAAGGAACUUUUUGAUGAGAAAGAAGUCAUUAGUGUUGUGGUAGACGGUAGUACUCUCCAGCUUAUUUUUAAAGACCCAAAGGUUACUGACAACUUCUUUAAGUUAUGUAGAGCUUCUAAAUCUGUGGUAUGUUGCAGAGUAUCUCCCAAGCAGAAAUCAGAUAUUGUUGAGAAUUAUAUGACAACUCAAAAAGGAAUCUGUAUUGCUAUUGGAGAUGGGGCUAAUGAUGUGCCAAUGAUUAUGCAAGCUCAUAUUGGAAUAGGUAUUCGUGGAUUGGAAGGUACUCAAGCUGUUAGAACUGCUGAUUUUGCUAUCAACCAAUUCAGUCAUUUGCAAAAGCUUUUGCUAGUUCAUGGAAGAUGGGGAUAUAGAAGAGUCUCUUAUAUGAUCUGUUACUACUUCUAUAAAAAUAUUCUUCUCGCUUUAUGUGAGAUUUAUUUCCACUUCUUCAAUGGAUUUUCAGGACAGAUCUAUUUCCUUGACUGGCUUCCUAUGCUUUAUAACUCAUUCUUUACAUCUUUCCCAUGAUUGUUUACUUAUUCAUUAGAACAAGAUGCUACUGUGGAAAAUUCUUAUAGACAUCCAGUUCUUUAUAAGGCUGGACAGGAUGAGAUCUAUUUCAAUUUCAAAGUGUUCUGGAGAUGGAUUUUAUUCUCAAUCUGGCAUGGCAUAACUUGCUUCUUCCUUCCAAUGUAUUCCACAAGAGGAAUAGUAGGAGAUGGAAGAACAGCAGAGCACUGGUAUAGCUCAACAAUCGCUUUUACGAUGAUCGUCCAUCUUGUGACAAUGAAACUAUUUGUAGAGUCAAUAUUUUGGAACUGGCUUUCAAUCCUGAUGGCUUUCAUUAGCUUAGGAAUAUACUAUUUGAUCCUUGUUAUUGGAAGUACAGAAGGUUUCUCUUUCACCUUCCAGCCAGAAGCAACCGGACUUUUAGAACAAGAAUUUGGAUCUCUAUACUUUUGGAUUCUUGCUCUGAUUGGGCCAGUUAUUUGUCUUCUCCCAGAUGUUUACUACCAGAUGAUAACAAGCUUGUAUUGGCCUACACAGACGGAAAUAAUCUGAGCUGAGCAAAAAGGAAUAAAGAGAAAAGAUCCUAAAGCUCCAAGAAACAAAAGAAAGAGAAAUUCUGGAAAAGCUUAUGAAAAGACAAAUAAUAAAGAAGAUAAAUCUGAAAGUGACGAGUCUUUAGAAUCUGAAGAAGAGGAGGAAGAAAGUGAAUCAGAGGAAAGCGAGCAGGUCGUCGAGGAAGAAUCUGAAGAUGAGAAAGAAUCAAUAUCAUUAACUCCAAUUCAGAAGAAGAGAAACAGUAGAAAUAAUAGAAAGAAAAAGAGAAACCUUGAAGACUAUGUGAGCGAUCAUAGCGAUUCAGAGUUUGACUCUCUUAAUAAGGAUAAGAGAAAACAAAAACCAGGCCAAAAACAAUCCCAAAAAUUAUCUCAAAGACAAAACCCCAAAGCAAACAGAGGUCCAGCACAAAAAAGAAGAAAGCAAAGAUAA